UAUAAGAGAAGAUUGACGCCACUUGAAAAUUGACAAAGCACAAAAUCCGCCUCUUGAAAUGUUCCAGUCAUCAAUAUUAAGCCGAUGCCUGCAGAGCGGUGGCGGUUUGUAAUCAGUAUUCACUACUAGUUUUGAUAGAGCGUUUUAUUCAUACGCCCCAAUUUUACAGAAACGUUUCAUGUGCAUAAAUGUUUUCACUUGUGUCGCGCCCAAACUUCCUCAUUUUAUAUAAUUACCACGGCAUCGUGAUAUAGGAGUAUAGGAGUUAAUGAUGCUUUACAUUAUGGAGUGAUUAUAUUUUUUCUGAUUUCAUUAUCCAAAAUGGGUUACUGGAUCAAUUUUAGACUUGAUUCAUUGUUUGUGUUGAAGACUCGCAGUGUGGGAAAUGUGAUAUGGAUGUUGAUCGCUGUUUUAACUCAAUCGUGUUGGAGUUUUAACAUUGAUGUUACGCGACCCCUUGUCUAUCAGGGCAAUGUCGGGACAAAUUUCGGUGCUGCCGUGGAAUUAUUAAAUAAUACUGAUGGAAAAUGGUUGUUAGUUGGGGCACCGCUUGAUUCCUUAUCUUAUGCCAAAAAUUACAGUAAUACAGGAAACGUCUUUCUGUGUCCUGUACAUGUCCAGGAGAAAAUUACAAAUCUUACGAGUUGUACGGAAAUACGAUUACCAGACUUAAGAAAGAUAGUUUCGCAGGACUCCAGGCUUGGUGCAAGUUUAAUGGUUUUAGAAGAUACAACACUGAUUUGUGCACCUGGAUUUAAAAAUCCAUACAAGCAAAAUGAGACUUCCGGUGCAUGCGUAUACUUUAAGAAUAAUAACAUCUCGGAUGUAUCCGGUCUGCUUAUUCGAAUUACAAAUGACAGUUUCAACACGGCCAUGUUUGGAUUUUCAAUGGCGCCUGGAAUAAAUGAAACAUUCCCAUACACUGUUGGUGGACCAAACAGCGGGAAACAAGAAGGAGGUCUGGCCACUUUUACAACGUCUCGUCGAGGUCUAACAAGCCAAAUCGUAGCAGGGACGACUUCCAUUCAGCCUGGAGCAUAUUUUGGUUUUUCCCUUGACAGUGGAUAUUUCAACGGAACUAAAUUCUUUUAUGUCGCGGGAAGACCGGGUUUUGCAAACAAAGCAGGGAAUAUCGGAAAUGUAGAGAUUCUUGAAUUUUUUGAAGCUGGUAAAAAGAAUACAAAGAAGCUUAUAGCUGGCAAACAGCUUGGUGGUGGAUUUGGUUAUUCGGUGUGUGUGGCGGACGUAAAUGGAGACAGGAUAGACGAUGUUCUGAUUGGUGCUCCUUUGGAGUAUGUCAACCAAACAAGUGGAAGCAUUAUUGUGGAUAGUGGUUCUGUUUAUAUUUACCUCGGAACAGGAUCGAAGGAUAUAAUCAAAGACAACCAUUUAAUGAUUAAUGGUAUGAGCAAACCAUGGGCCCGAUUUGGAACUGCAAUUGUAAAUCUGAGAGAUAUUUCAAAUGAUGGAAUUUCAGAUAUUGCCAUUGGGGCGCCUUUUGAAGAUAACCAUAGAGGAGCUGUAUACAUAUACAAUGGAAAAACUGGCGACUUCACUGACUCUUGGGAAUAUUCACAAAGAGUAUCGCCGGAAGAUUUAAAGUUAGGAAUCCGCGCAUUUGGCUUUUCUCUAUCCAGAUCACAUGUAGAUAUUGACGACAACUUAUAUAUGGAUUUGGCCGUCUCUGGGUUUAAAACUGACCAAGUGGCUAUUCUUCGGACACGUCCAGUAGUCCAUGUCGAGGUAGAUAUUUCCUCCACUCCAGAAAGCAUUCCUAUCAACUCCACUGGUUAUGACUGUAACGAUGGCAACGACUAUCCAUGCGUGGCACUGCAUUUACGUUUCCUGGUAACCGGAAAAGGAAUAGAAAAUGGCGUCUAUAUGAACUACACUCUUUUAAGUGAUGUGUUCUCUGACACCCCAAGGUUUUUACUUCGACAAAAUAACAGUGUUUUCGGGAAUUUUAACAAUUCACAGGAAUCUCAAACGAUUUUGCUGAAACCAAACAUGGAGACGAUUGUUGAUAUUAACUUGACAUCAGAUGUCAUUGACUAUAGGUUCUUCCAAUCCCUGGCUGAUCCAGUGAAUGUCCAUUUGAUGUUUUCUUUAGCUGACUUAACCGUAAAUGAGGAUGUUCCACCAAUUCUACAUUCAGACGUCAUUACUGACCGCUACAAGACGCUAAAUAUCAAUACAAAUUGCUCAUCUUAUCCUUGCAAGCCAGACUUCGUAGCACAGAUGCGCUCAAUGGAAAACAACAUGACAUUACAAAGAAACCAGGAAUUAGAAGUACUAAUGUACUUGACGAAUGCUGGAGACCCGGCAACUAAAACAGAUUUUUACGUAGAAACCUUCCCAAAGAUGGACUUUUAUAGAAUUACAGAGGGCACCAAGUACCUCAGUUGCUCUGUUCUCUACUUUGGUGUUUUGCACUGUGUUGUUCACUCCGUGACUAGUACAGAAAGGUUUUAUGCUCAUCAAAAAUAUAAGUUUAUGUUAAAAUUUUUCGUUGACCCUGAUGCAGCUGUGGCCAGAAAGGCGGAUCACGUGAAAAUUGAAGUUACGUUCAAUUCAACUAUGCAAGAUGAAACCAUGCCAUCGAAAACCUUUGAGAUGAUAAGUUAUUUUAACCUUCAAUCUGACGUAAGGGUUAUUGGAGGAUCGGACCUUUCAGACCUAAUCAUUGCUUCCACGACCGAGACUGUAUUCAAAUACUCUGUUACGUAUGACGUCCACAACGACGGACCUAGUCCACUAGGAGCAAAUCUUAAUAUAACCAUAGCUAGCAGCAGAGGGAGCAACACCAUUCUAAAGGAUAUAAUGGUUAAGAGGGGAAACUGUACUGCAGAGACGAAGAUCGACAUAAAACUUUUAGGAGAACCUAGCAAUUUGAUAUCACAACCUCUGAAAGAUAGCAACAACAAAGAACAACCGUCAACAGAUAUUAUUUGUGGACUUUCAGGAAUCAGUUGUACUUACUUGAUUUGUGAUCUUGGGUUCAUCAAAGCAGCUGAAUUUGAAAGCGUGGAAUUAACGAUGGAUCUCGAUUCCAACUCGUUCUCAAAUAUUCUAAAGGACUUAAAUACUAACGCUGCACGAUUUGUCACCCCUGGAGAGCUGAGUUUGUACAACAACAAAAUACCGGCUUCUAUAAAUGUUACAGAUAAAGGAAAGGUAGCAUUAAGAGUCUCUUUAGGCGCUUCCGGUGUGACGUCAUCGGACCUUCUUUGGUAUGCUAUAGGCGGCAGUGCUGGGGGAUUCGUGUUUCUUGUAAUCAUUGCACUUAUUCUAUGGAGGUGUGGGUUCUUUAACCGGAAGAAAAGGGGUGAAAUCGACAGAGCCAAAAGACAGUCCCAAAUGAAACAGAGACAGAGUAGGAUGAUGUCACAGUUCGUCAGCAAGGAGCUGAGUAAAGGUCACGACUCAUCGAUUAAUGGCACUGACCGAAAUUCUCAGGGUUAUACACUCGGUACAAAGAAAGACUAUCCAGAUUUAGACGUUCAAGACAGAUAACAGACGAGAUCUUAAAUAUAAAGGGCUCUCAAUUUGCAUGAAAGAAUUUUGAAUUUUGAAAUGAGCUCACAUUCUGCUGACAAUACUCAUUGACGCCAGUUGUAAUGAAAAUCGACUAUAGUGGGAAUGAACAUUCCUUUCAUCACCGGUGAAUGAUGUUUUUUUUUAUACCAGGAUGUAUGUGAGUUUGAGUAUGUGCAAUGUGUGUUUGUUGAUAAAAGUAUGUAUUGUGUAGAAAUGAGUCCUUAGUUUUCCUUUUUUUUUAGUUUUGAUAAUAAAACAAAAUCUUUUAUUUAUACAAAAGUUUAUUCUAAAACAACUACAUGUACUACAACAAAAACAAUUUACCUGUGAAAGGUAAAAUCUUAAACCAAGUAAAAUCGUGAUUAUUUUCUGUUUUGUUUGAAGCGUCAGAUAAUGUACAUGUAUAUUACAUGUAAGGUUAUGAAAGCAGAGGAAAUAUAUGCUGUAAGGAAAACUACAAAUGAUUUAUUCAUUUGUGGGUAAAUAUUUAAUCAUUGUUAAUGCGAUUCUUUUUUGUGAAUGCAUGAAGAAUAAUUUUUUUCAUCUCAUAUUUCAUUGAUCAAAACAUUUUUACUGGAGAGAUUAAUCAUGAUUUUGAAUUUCUUACAUGUAGUCAAGCACAAUGUACAUGUUCAUGUUUCAAAUACAUUUUUAACAGCUCUAAAUGUUUAAUAUCUGAAGCAUUCCUUUUCCAUGAAUCUUUUCCCAAAUUAAGCCAUGCUUGUAAAAAGGAAAAAUUUAAGUUAUAGGAGUACAUUUUACAUUUAGUUGAAAAAUAUGCAAUUAUGCAUGCCAUAUAUUUUUUGUGAAACCUACAUACAUGUAUAGUUUUUUUUUGUUUGGGUUAUUGCCAAGUGUAGUGAGGGUCUGGAAUUGUAGAAUUAUAAUGAGUCUUAUUUGUUUUUAUAUACUAGUAUAUAUGAAGUGCUUUGCCAAAAUGUUUUUUGUUUUCUUAGUUUCCUUGUUCAUGUGUGCAGUAGGAAAAAAAUACAUAUAUCCUACGUUUUCAGUGGACUACAACAUUUAUACAAGACUCGAUUAUUAAAA